AUGACCAAAGACAUGACUAUACCGCAGUCAGAGCUCAAUGUCUACGUUUCGAGCCGAAAUGGCCCACGAGCCAAGGAGACCACGUUCCGGGAAUGGGUGGUCAACAACCAAAUCGGCAUCUCGAUGACCAUCCUGGCUAUGUUGCUGGCUCUUCAUAACCUUUACCCGUCACUUCGUCCGUAUACGCAACCGUUUUUCCAAUUGUCCUACUACAAUCAAUCCGGGGAUUACUACGUUCAAGGGUGGGAUGAUGUCUACUUCGUCAUUAGCGCUGCGCUCGCCCUUACUGCAGUGCGCGCGUUUGCGAUUGAAUGGGUUCUACAACCGCUGGCCCGCAGGGCAGGCCUGAAGCGGAAGGGUUCGGUCCGGUUCGCCGAGCAGGGAUGGCAGGCGAUGUAUUACGGUGCCAUUUGGGCUGUUGGAUUGUACUUGUGGAAGAACUCCUACUAUUGGUUUGACUUUGGCGCUAUUUGGGCCGAGUGGCCUGCACGUCCGUUGUCAGGUUUGAUGAAGUGGUACCUGCUCGUGGAGCUGGCUUUCUUGGUGCAGCAGAUCUUCGUCAUUCACGUGGAGGAGCGCCGCAAAGAUCACUACCAAAUGCUGUCCCACCAUAUCAUUACCAGCACCCUUUUGAGCUCGGCGUAUAUCUACGGGUUUUACAAUGUGUCCAACGUCGUGCUGUGCUUGAUGGAUGUCGUGGAUUUCCUUCUUCCCUCAGCGAAGAUCCUCAAGUACUUGAAGUUUGAAAAUGCCUGCAAUGUGGCAUUCGGCGUCUUCAUGUCUGUCUGGUUCGUUACCCGACACGUCUUGUACAACAUGCUCUGGUGGUCCAUUUACAAAAACGUGCCCGCUCAAAUGUCAUACGGAUGCUACUCGGGCGCCAACGCCGAGAUGAUCAGCGAAAAUGGAUACCCUGAUGCGUUUGCAUACCUGUUUGGGCCUUUCCGCGGCCUGGAAAACCCCAUCUGCAUGAACCGCACAAUCAAGUGGAUUUUCCUCUCCUUCCUCCUGUCUUUGCAGGGGCUGUCCAUCGUCUGGUUUACCAUGAUCGUUCGAGUCGCUUACGGUGUCGUUGUCACUGGUAAUGCAGAGGACACCCGUAGCGACGAGGAGGACGAGGUCGAAGUUGGAGGCCAAGCUCUACCGACCGGAUCUGUGCGGCUGGCCGCUCAGGAUGGUGCCAACACCGCCGUUGUCAAUGAUAGUGCUCCUGGUUUGGACCGCCGUCGGUCUAAUGGCACUGCUUCAGUGCGUGCUCGCGGCCGUGGCCGUGUGCCUUUUGAUCAGAGUGAUCGGAAGGCUUUAUUGGGCCGCAUUGGAUGCGAGAAGCCUACAUAG